AAAAAAAAACCAAAGAUGGCAACAAAUAUGAUGAACAAGUACGUACUUGUACUGUCUUGUCUGAUCUUUUUUGUAAUGACUGGUUCCUUAAACGCAAAACCUGCAGACAUAAAAGCAAUUUGCGGGAAAGCAAAAAACCCAUCCUUCUGCACAAACUACAUGAAAUCAAACCCAAAGACAUCAGGUGCUGAUAUCAAAACGCUUGCAACGAUCACAUUAGACUCUGCACAAACAAGCGCAUCAGGAGCUAUGAACAAGAUUACACCUUUUGCCGAAAAAGAACCUAAACGCCCUUUGAGGAGUGGAUACGUCUUGUGCGUGCAGAAUUACAGGAGUACAAUCAGAUAUCUCGGUGAAGCUAAGAAGAGCCUAGCGUCAGGAGAUGUCCGAGGGCAGAACAUCAAUGUUUCAGACGCUAUGAAAUCAUCUACAUACUGUCAAGAUGAAAUGUUGAAAAGUCAAAGGUGAUCCGUCGGUUGUGAAGGACGGUGGUGAUUUUCAGAAUAUUUGUAGCAUCGUUCUUGUCAUCUCCAAGACGAUGAUGUGAUAAAAAAAAAAGGGCUACAUGAAACAGUUAUACAUGUAUGUUUUUUUUUUUUUUUUGAAUGAAUGUUAAAUUGAUUCAAAAAAAGCCUUGUUACAACUAGAGUUGCUUUAGCUUAGAAUAUACUCAAUACAACUUUGUAACUAGACAUAAUUUUUGUAGCUAUUUAUACUGUUGUAGUAAACCAAAAUUGGAGAACUCCUUCCCUCUCUUUCCCACAUUUAGUUCUCAAUAGACUGAGUUUAUUUCUUACUUCUUUAUCAACGAACUUCUUCAGACACGGCAACGGAAGUGGCUUGUCUCCAUGCCUAAUCUUAUUUCUUUCUCUCCACAAUGCAUGUACACUCGCCUGAAACGCAUAUCUGAUACAGAAUAAACUGUUCUUCUCCCGCCUUCCAGUCGAGAUCAAUUCCACAAUCUCAGACCAAAUAUUUGUAAAUUCACUUCUCAGAAUCCCUCUUACAAGAUAUUCCCAGACCUGACCAGAAUAUGAGCACUCAUAGAACAAAUGAUUCCGUGUUUCGACAGCAUUCUUACACAGCACACAAGUCUCAUCAAUAUCCUGAGACCACCUAGAUACUCUAUCCAUAGUAGAUAGUCUAUCUAAUUUAGCAAGCCAGGUUAUGAAAGAAAAUUUUGGAGAGGCUUGGGAGAACCAAAUACCUUUUGCCCAGUUACAGGUAGACUUAGUAUCUCGUAUAAGCAUCCACGUUUCCUGGGUUGAGAAUGUCGGUUUAAAAUCUGAUUUCCUCUUCCAUAAUGCAACAUCCUCAGCAUUACUUCUCAUUUUCUCCUUUACUGCCAAUAACUCUUCUUCUAUCUCAUUAAGCUCCAGUGUACGGUGCCUUCUUCUUCGUCUUGCACUAAACACUGCUUUCUCUACCGUGGCUUCACGUUUUAUCCCCAUAUCGAUGAUCCCUCUAUCUCCUAAUAUAUCAAACAGUACUCCUUUAGUAGACCAGUUAUCAUACCAGUAUGAUAUGUGUCAACCAUUCCCCACUUCCUUUCUAUAAAACGUCUUAGCCACCUCUCUCAUUUUCAACAUCUUCCUCCACAUCCAAGAGCCCAUUUGAGUUUUGACUUUCACUUGCCAAAACCUUUUCCCCUUUAAUAAAUUCUCUUUUAUCCAUCUCUCCCAUAGAGAUUUUCCCGAGACCAUCCUCCAUAUUAACUUCAACCCAUAGACCAGAUUUACAUCCUUCAGCUCUCUUAUCCCCAAACCACCUUCAUUUUUUAGACAACAGACAUCUUUCCAUGCUACUUUUGCUCAUGUUGUUUUGAGACUUGGACCAGUCCAAAGAAAAGCAGAACAGAGUUGCUCCACUUCCUUCAAGCACUUACUUGGGAGUCUAAAUACUGCCGACCAAAAGUUCACAAUACUCAUCAAGACUGGUUUUAUUAAUUGAAGUCUUCCUGCAUAUGAUAAAAACCGACACGUCCAAGUGUUGAUCUUGUUUCUAACCCUUUCAACCAACGGAAUAUAGUCUUGCCUUCUCAUUACCUGAGUCAUCAGAGGCAAGCCUAAAUAUCGAACAGGAAGGGUCCCUUCAGCAAAGGAAAAAAUCACCAGUAUUCUACUUCUUUCAGCACUAGAAACUCCCGCCAUAUAUACUGUUGAUUUCUCGAUGCUUAUACUGAAUCCCGACCAAGCAGCAAACUCAUCAAACACAGACAAUGCUCCUUCAAUUGACUCCUUAGUACCUUCCACAAUCACCAUCAAAUCAUCUGCAAAGCAGAGAUGGCUAAGAGCUAACGAUUUACAUCUUGGGUGAAAUGUAAAUUUCCUUUCUUUAGCAGCUCUAUCAAUCUUGUGGGAGAGGAUAUUCAUACAAAGUACAAACAAAUAAGGAGAGAGUGAGCAUCCUUGUCGCAAACCUCUCUUACUCUGAAAAUACUCCGCCAUCUCACCAUUAACUUGCACUGAGAAAGAUGGAGUUGUAAUACACAAUCUUAUCCAGUGGAUAAAUUUCUCAGGAACUCCUAAUGCCACUAAACUCUCCAAUACAAACCUCCAUUGAACUUAAUCAAAUGCUUUGGAGAUAUCAAUUUUCAUCAAGCAUCUUGGUGAUAUGUCCUCCUUAUGAUAGUCUUUGACUAACUCCGACGCAAGCAACACGUUCUCCAUCAACAGUCUCCCCUUAAUAAAAGCAGACUGAUUCUCAGUUACUAUGCGCGGCAAGAUCAACUUCAAUCUAUUCGCCAAUAAUUUCGAUACCACUUUAUAAAGAACAUUGCAGCAAGCUAUGGGGCGGUAAUCUCUCAUCUCCAUAGAGUCCACUUUCUUUGGAAUCAAUGCCAGAAUUGUAGAGUUUACACCUUUGGGGAGGAAACCAUACUUGAACACUGAUUGAACUGCUGCAGUGAAGUCCUCUGCUAUUACAGACCAGGUAGUUUUGAAGAAUUCACAGGGGAAGCCAUUUGGACCCGGAGACUUGUUUGAAGGCAUAGCAAAAAGCACUUCUCGGAUCUCCUCCAUUGUUACUUCUGCUUCCAACAACCUGCACUCCUCAGAAGUACAUCUGAAAUCAAUCAAAUUUCUUAACUCUUCCUCCGUUGUGCUUACAUAAGUAUCAGGGGACUGGUUUUAAAACUCAGAAAAGAAUCUCUCCGCUUCAUUCUUUAUCUCCAACUGUGUUUUGACCGUGACCCCAUUCGGAGCAUUUUGAGCAUGGUGGGUUUUGAUUGCGUUAUAGAACGUUUUGUUGUUUUGAUCACCCACAUCUAACCAGUGGAGUUUCGCCUUUUGCUUUAGAUAACCCUCCUCUAGACUCGCAAUGUGUAACCAUUUCGCAUAUGCUUCUGCCUCUUCCUGAACCGCCACUUCACUAGGGUUUGAUAAUGUUCUUUCCUGCUUCUCACAUAAUUCUUUAUAGGCCUCUACAACUCUCUUUGGUAGAUUUCCCAUCUUAUUUCUUCCAAGUUCUCUUAUAAGCGGCUUCAGAUUCUUCAGUUUCUUUGAGAAUCUGAACAUAGCAAAUGUUUCUUUGAGAAUCUGAACAUAGCAGAUGUAAAUUGAUAUAGCUUCGGAGUAGAAUCCCAAUACUCUUUUACCAUCGGUAGAAACUCUGGUAAACCUCCAAUAACAUUUACAUACUUGAACGGCUUCUUUAAUUUUUCUCUCGGAGGAAGUACUUGAACCUUACAGCGAAGAUGAUCGGAACAACCACCAGCUUCUAAUACAGAGAAUGCAUUAGAGAUAUGUAACGCCACAUCAUUUAUGAGUACUCUAUCCAGCUUAUUGCAAAUAAUACCUUCAUCCCUUUUAUUACACCAUGUGAACUUAGGUCCCUGAUAGCCCAUGUCUGUAAGGUUGCAAUGCAGAACUUUCCUCCGAAAAUCCCUCAUACCUCUCGGAAUUCUUCCCAAGUCUUCAAACCCUGAACUUCCCUCCGCUUCAAGUAUCUCGUUAAAGUCACCAAUAACAAUCCAUGCCUUGUUGUGAAACAGCAUAGAAUUUUUAUGGUGACAUAAAUCUUCCCAUAGCUCCUUUCUAUUUUCUACCAGAUUAUUCGCAUAUACAAACGUGCAAAAGAACUCAUCCUCCUCUUUCAAUCCAACAGAACAGGUGAUCAUCUGAUCUGUCUUAUAAACCGGAGACAUUCUAACAGAUUCGCUUCAAACUAACCAAAUCCUUCCACCUUGACUGUGCUCAUAAUUAGUCAUCGAAGACCAGCUACUAAACACCGAGUUUAACACCUCCGUAGACUUCCUUUCUUUCACCCUUGUUUCAAUUAUACAUCCAAACUUCAUCUCAUUAUUGUUUACCCACUAUUUUACAAUGGAAUGUUUCAAAGUUUUGUUGAAUCCGCGCACAUUCCAAAAGAAGCUUGACAUGCUAGUGUUUACGGCGAGAAGAGCUUUUACUCAUAGGAUUUACAUCCUGAGUCUUAGCCUUCUGACCUCCUCUCAACCCCUUCUUCUCCCCUGCUAUGUUCUUUACCUUCUCCUGCUGAUCCAGAAUACUAUCUUCUAACAGAUCAUCCUUUGACCUUCCUGACUGAUCACUCAUUUCAUUUUCCUCUGCCUCCAUAGCAUUCUGUUCUCCCGCUGACAUUUCACCUUCCUCCACUUCUUCCACAUCAAGCACAGAAUAUUUGGAAGCAGAUAUCUGAAUCUCCUCCAUAUUCUUCUGCAGUAUCGGCAUUUGAGACCUUCUAGUCUUAGUCGGUGAAACCAACGACCAUUCCUUAAUCUCCUGACCCAAAUAUCUACCCUCCUUUUCCUGUAUUUGAUUACUCUCUUUCUGAUCACUACUUCUCUUCUCUGUCUCCUCUAUCCCCACAAUUUCUACCUCCACCUCUUUAACACUCGUACUCUUGUUAUUCGAGGUUUGUUUAUUCCCCUUACCCUUUGUUCCACAUACUUUCUCUACAUGACCCCAUUUGUCACAUGAACUGCAUCUAGAUGGCAGCCAUGGAUAAUAGAACUUCACUAUAAACUCCUUACCCUCCUUUGUGAAAGUGAUUUCUUUUGGAAGGACCUUAGAAACAUCAACCUUCACAAAUACUUUAGCCACUUCUAGAUUCGAACAAGAUAUAGUCUCUGAAUGUAACUUCACUGGGAAUCCCACUGUGCUGGUGAUGAAACUAAGCGCCUCCCAAGAGAACAUGUGGAGUGGAACUUUCUCCAAAUAUACCCACAUUGGAAUUGCUUCAUCUUCCUUUUUCUCUUCCUCAAUUGUUGGAGUCCACUUUGAGACAAUCAUCGGCACUCCUAUUAUAUUCCACAUACCUCUUCUAAGAAUCUUUUAUCUUGCCUUCGGAUUUGGAACUUUGAAUCUCAUCGCCAUGUCAUUAACCUCAUACACCUCCACCUUUGCAGCUUCAUCACCAUAUCGCCAUAUCUUAUUUAACACCAUAUGAACUUUCCCGACAUGAGGAGCGCGAUCCAGAAAUUUUCCAAUCACAAAGUCUUCCACAAUGGUGUUGGACUCGCAAGUAUCUCAUCUGGAAUCUCAACCCUAUGCUUCCCAUCUUCAUUCGAAACCUCAACUUCAUAUUUCGUCAACCUUUUCUUAUCUUGAGCCACCGAUACCCAGCUCAGAUCUACCUUCUUCAAAUCACCACGAUCUUGGUUCCUUUCAAUCCGAUCUUACACCCCCAUCUCCUUAGUCACCUUAUCCCCCCUUUGGAUGCUCCGAUAAAUCCGGCGGCGGCGCCGACUCCGAAUCCAUCACCGUAACUCUCUUCACAGUCGUAUUCGAAAUCGCCAAAAUAAUCGCCUUACUCAGAACGCAGCGUUUUUUAAAAAAAAUUCGUUAUACAUGUAUGUUACAUAUACACAGUCAAUAAUUAACCUAUAGUUUCUUCCCUAUUUAUUUUUACAUAGCUCACCAUAUCACCAUUAAUUAUGGAUAUAAUACAAGAUAUUAAGAGACACAAAAGUACUCAAAAUCAUAAAAAAGAAAACAAGCAAACCCUCACGAUCGUUUACACACUUGGUCUGAUACAACAAAAAAAAAGAAA